GAGAAAAGAAAACGACUGUCACACACAACAGACACUCGGCAAUGGAGGACCCUGAUAGGCCACACUAAAAAAAUAAAAAUAAAAAAUCCCAAAACCCUCUUGUGUUUAUCAUCAAUGGCGCUUCCAACUGAACUGCGUUGCUUUUAUUUUGGGUACAGCUUAUUUUUUCCGUUCUUUCAUCUCUUCAGGUUUGUGGGUAUAGAGUCAAGUGUUGAAGAUAUUCUGGGAUUGUUUUAGUUGAUGAUAUUGGAAGCAAACAAAAGUGUUGUCUACUUGUCUAGUGAAAUUGUCUCGUUACUCUAAAUGGGGUUGAACCAGUAUGAAGAAGAAACGGUGGGAGGGCUUGAACAUAAAGAUUGGGAUGAUCCUAUUGCAAGUCAGCUUGAAGUUCUACUGUUGGAUAAUUUGGACUCAGUUUACGGGAGUGCGGUUAAGGAGGUUUCUGAACAUGGGUAUGGUGAGGAAGUCGCUGUAAAGGCCCUUACGAGGCGGGGGCUUUUUUUAGGUGUUGAAGACCCUGUAAAAAAUAUUGUAGAUGAUGCUCUGGCAUUUUUGAAGGGAGAGAAGGAAGCUGGUAAUUUAAUGGAGGAUAGGUUUGAUGAUUUACCGCCCUUGAUGGCGUAUACACUGCUUGAGAUGGUUGGUGUGCUUAGGGAGAUCAGGCCAUUCUUGUCGGCUGGGGAAGCAAUGUGGUGGUUGUUGAUAUGCGACUUGAACAUCUUGCAAGCCUGUAGGUUAGAAGAGGAUUCUGUCCGCAAGGAUUCCUCGGAAGAGAACUAUUCUGGAUCUGCAUAUUCUUCUUUAAAAGCAGAAGCACAAAACUAUAUAAGUGAAGCAUUUAAUAGUGCUCUAAAACGUGCGAAACCAAAUAGCCCCGACAUCCCUGAAGAUCUCACCAAAGAGGAAAAGACUUUGAUGUCUAUGCUUGGCAGACUGGAGAAAUGCUUGGGCACUGCUGGGGUUAACGUGCAAGUUAAAUCUCAAAUAUCUGAAGAAGAAAAAUCAGGAGCUGUUCGAAAGGCACCCUCCAACAGAGAAAUAACUGCACUGCUGCAGAAGCAAUUAAACCUGGGGAGAACUUACAAGGGUCACGGGGCAAAGCGUUCAUUCAAAUCAGGAAGACUUCCAAACGCUAGUGGUAUUAUUCUUGAUAAGAGACUGAAGUAUUUACCUGAGACGCCUGGUUUAACUUUGAAAUUUGAAUCUUCUAAUUCAAAUGUGGAUUCAGGUUGCAAAGUCUCUUUCACAUAUGACAAACACAAUGCUUCAGCCAACAAGCCAUCCACUUCGACAAAAACUAGCAGUAAAUCAUCAAGAUUACCUAAGAAAGGAACUUCAUCUUCCUUUCCUACAUCAGAAACCAAGCUUUUUAAGAAAGUUCCUCCAGGAAAGAAAUCUGAUUUGAAUUCCCUAGUCAAGACCUCUGUGUCUCCUGGGAAUGCCGAAUAUGUUGAUGGUAUUCCAUAUCAGAAGUCUUUGGGAAAGUAUCUUCCGCGAGAUGAGAAGGAUGAACUCAUCUUGAAGCUAGUUCCUCAGCUUCAGGAAUUGCAAAAUGAGAUACGCUGCUGGACUGAGUGGGCUAAUUAUAAGAUUAUGCAGGCUGCUCGUAGGCUUAGUAAAAAUCAGCUUGACUUGAAGAGACUGAGGGAAGGAACAGAAGUAGAUAAGCAAGCUCAAUGGGAGGUCAUCGUGAAGAAACUGCCUGGUAUGGAAAAUGGUUUGAAUGAUAUAAUUGCCUUGGUUGAGAAUAGUAAAAAGAUUAUUUCCAGUCUCGAGAAGGAAAAUUCCGUGCUGAAGAAAGAGGCGGAAGUUGCCAGAUUAAAGGCAUUAGAAUCAACUACGAGUUACCAGGUAGCAUUAGAAAGGGAGCAAAAGGCAUGGAAAGAGGUUCAGUCAUGGGAAGGGAAGAACGGAUUAUUGCACAAAGAACUUGCGACGGAGAAAAGGAAGGUGGAUACUCUGCAACAGGAUUUAGACAAGGCAAAAGAUGCCCAUCAGCAAAUGGAGGUUAGGUGUGAACAGGAGAGGACAGAAAAGGAAAAAAUCCUCGCACAGGCUGCUUCAGUGAGGAAAGAAAGAGAACAACAGGAAACUCGGGUGAGAAAAGAGGAGGAUGGUAUCAAACAGAAAGCUGAAGCUGAUAAACAGAAGAACAUGGAAGACAUUGGAAAGCUUGAAAACAAGUUCUUGGAAGCAAAGUUGAAGUUCAAAGGAGGCUCUACCGGAAGCUUUGGGAAUCAUCUAAUGGAAUUAAAGUGUCUGAAGAAGGGUAACCAAAAUUCUACUGGCUUCAAGAAAACGAUGAAUCCGAAUGACCCUUUUGGGAAUGGGGGUUUGAGGCAAGACCGAGAAUGUGUCAUGUGUCUCGCGGAAGAGAUUUCGGUGGUUUUUGUUCCUUGCUUGCAUCAGGUUCUUUGUGCAAAGUGCAAUGGGCUCCAUGAGACCCGGGGAAUGAAAGAUUGCCCUUCUUGUAGGACCCCAAUUCUGCGGCGGAUUACUGCCCGCUUUGCCAAUCCGUAGUUGGUGAACUGUAAAGGAAUUGCUUCAGCAAGAAGAAGACAACAAUCUUUUGGGAAUUCGUUUUUGUUUUUGUUUAUGGGUUCAGCCCUCAAAAGAUAGUAAAAGAAUGGGGAUGGUGAAAAAAGAGUUAAAAAGUGUUUUAUAGUCAAAGAGUUGGCCGUAAAACUUUGUUAAUGGGUUUUCUUUUGGUUUAUACAGGGCUAUAAAAAUGGAUGCUUUUGUAUGCAUAGACCUUUGUAUAUUCUAACGGAAUUCUUUUCUCUGUGCAUGGAUGAAAGAAAUUUAUCAGUAGUUUUG